AUGCGUUUACCGAGUGAAAGGAUAUAUAUAGUGACGUAUGUGGCAUUUGUUGUGCUGGAGUGUUGCUGGGAAAUCGUGUCAGGGCAGCUCUCCUACUCCGUGGCAGAGGAGGCAAAUUCGGGGACACCAGUUGGAAAUAUCGCCAAGGAUUUAAACCUUAAUGUUAUGGACCUGGAAUCGCACAUGUUUCGUAUUGUUACUGGAGCAAAGAAAAAGUAUUUCGAGGUAAAUCUGAAAACCGGAGAGCUCUUCGUUAACGAUAAAAUUGACAGAGAAGUGAUCUGCUCAAAGGAGCCCAAAUGUACAGUAAAUGUCGAGGCGGUUAUGAAUAAUCCACUGAGGCUCUAUAGACUAGAAAUUAAUAUUCUGGAUGUCAAUGAUAAUUUUCCUUCUUUUCGUACUAAAUCGCAAACUGUAGACAUUGCCGAAAAUACUUUGCCAGGAGCGAAAUUCCCAUUGCUUGGUGCAUCUGAUGACGACGUCGGCAAAAAUACUGUAAAUACAUAUAAACUCAGCUCGAAUGAGCAUUUCACCCUGGCCUUACAUAAAGGGGGCGAUCAGAGCGUGUCUGCUGAGUUAGUGCUGCAGAAGGCUUUAGACCGAGAGAAGCAGCCUGUUAUUCACCUGAUAUUUACGGCUAUAGACGGUGGAAACCCACCGAAAUCAGGAUCGACAGAGAUUAUUAUUAAUGUUUUGGACACAAACGACAAUGCACCACUAUUUAGUAAGCAAAUAUACAAGGCCAGUAUUACGGAAAACCAGCCAUUUGGAGCAAAAGUGGUAGCUCUGAAUGCUACUGACAUUGAUGAUGGUACGAAUAGUGAAAUUGUGUACUCUUUUGGUGAACAUGAACAGGACAAUAUAUUUCAUCUGUUUGACAUCAACUCCAGCACUGGUGAAAUUACAGUUAAAGGCAAUAUAGAUUUCGAACAGAACAACGCAUUUGAAAUCCGAGCUCAGGCGAGCGAUAAGGGACAGCCUCCGAUGGCGGCGCACUGUAAAGUGUUGGUUGAGGUUGUGGAUCUAAACGACAAUGCGCCAGAGAUCUCUGUAACGUCUCUAUUUAAUACAGUCACAGAAGAUGCAAAGGCUGGUACUGCUGUUGCGCUCGUGUCAGUCAUGGACAGAGACGGAGGCAAAAACGGAAAGGUGAGAAGUGUAGUAUUUAACAAUGUCCCAUUUCAUUUGGAAAACAACUACAAAAACUAUUAUUCAUUAGUGGUAAAUGGUCAUUUAGACAGAGAGAAUGUUUCUCAGUAUAAUAUCACCAUCAUCGCUACUGAUGAAGGGACCCCGCCUCUCUCCAGCACCAGUGUUGUUACUGUACGUGUCUCUGAUGUGAAUGACAACGCACCACGCUUUCCAGAGCCCGUAAUCAAUGUUUAUGUGAAAGAGAACAACCAGGUCGGGACUAUUCUUUAUACAGUAUCUGCUUUCGAUCCUGAUACUGGCAAUAAUGCAAAAACAUCCUAUUCAAUAAUUGAUACGUCUCCCAGAAACACUCCAGUGACGACAUUUGUGAAUAUAAAUUCAGACAGCGGAGAUAUACACAGUCUGCAAUCUUUUAACUUUGAGGAAAUUAAAACGUUUGAGUUUAAGGUUCAGGCCACAGACUCUGGUGUUCCUCCACUGAGCAGCAACGUGACUUUGAAAGUUUUUAUCCUGGAUGAAAAUGACAACAGUCCCGAGAUUCUCCCUCCAUAUUCUGAACACGGCUCUGUUAAUACUGAGAGUAUUCCCUAUUCUGGCGAAGCGGGCUACUUUGUGACCAAGAUCAGGGCUAUAGAUGCUGACUCAGGUUAUAAUGCGUUGCUGUCUUAUCACAUCUCGGAACCGAAAGGAAAUACUCUUUUUCGAAUCGGAACCAGCAGCGGAGAAAUCAGGACUAGGAGGCGAAUGAGUGACAAUGAUCUGAAAACUCAUGCAUUGGUGAUUUUGGUGUGUGAUAACGGAGAACCUUCACUUACAGCGACUGUGUCUGUUGAAGUUGUGGUUGUGGAAAGCACGGAUGACAUCCAGACUCCAUUCAGACAUGUUCGGAAGAAGGAGGAGACUUUUUCUGAUUUAAAUCUGUAUUUGCUGAUUGCAGUCGUGUCUGUGUCAGUGAUCUUCUUACUGAGCUUCAUUAGUGUGAUAGCUGUAAAGUGCAGCAGGACAAACAACAAUUUCAGUAGAUACAGCGCCCCUAUGGUUACCACUCACCCUGAUGGGAGUUGGUCUUACUCCAAAUCUACUCAACAGUAUGACGUGUGUUUUAGCUCAGACACACUGAAAAGUGAUGUGGUGGUCUUCCCAGCGCCCUUUCCUCCCGCAGAUGCGGAACUGAUUAGUUUUAACGGAGAGGACACAUUUAACAGGACACAGACACUUCCAAAUAAAGAAAAGGUAAGACAUUUGAAUUCAUCAAGUCGUGCUUGGAUUCAGUACAUAACACUGCUUUGUUUGUUUGACUGCUCCGUGGCGCAGACAUCGUAUUCUGUAUCCGAAGAAGUGGAUAAGGGUGCUUUUGUUGGGAAUAUAGCAAAAGAUUUAAAUAUUAACACCCAAGAGCUGGAAUCCAGAGGACUCCGAAUUGUAUCGGGUCAGACUAAAAGGUUUUUCGAUGUGAAUUUGAAAACCGGUGUUCUCUUUGUGAGUGACAGGAUAGACAGAGAGGAGCUCUGUUCUAAUGCAGCCAAGUGCGCCUUGAAUAUAGAGGCCAUAUUGAAUCAUCCGAUACAGCAUCACAGAAUUGAAGUGAAUAUUAUAGAUAUAAAUGAUAACGCACCGUCUUUUCUCGAGAAAAAACACGCGUUCAAUAUUACCGAAUAUGCAUAUGUAGGCGAGAGAUAUCUCUUGCCAGUAGCCUACGACGCAGACAUAGGUCUUAACACGGUUAAGACCUACAAGCUUACUCCAAACGAAUAUUUCUCUGUGGAUGUACAGAGCGAUGGAAAACAAAGUGUAUCUCCCGAGUUGGUGCUGCAGAAAACAUUAGAUCGAGAGAAACAGGCUGUUAUCCAACUCACUCUGACAGCUAUAGACGGAGGAAAACCUCCUAGGUCCGGAACAAUGCAUAUUAUUGUUAAUGUAAAAGAUGUGAAUGACAACACUCCUUCCUUCACCAAACCGCUUUAUAAAGUCCGGGUUCCUGAAAAUGCACCAUUUGGUACGAGAGUCAUAACAUUAAAUGCCACAGAUCUCGAUGAGGGCGUGAACGGUGAGCUUAUGUAUUCUUUUAUAAAUCGGGGCAAUUUGAAUCUUUUAGACAUGUUUUUCAUAGAUUCAGUUUCUGGAGAAAUAACUGUUAAGGGUAAUUUGGAUUAUGAGGAGAAUGAGGCGUAUGAAAUUCGCGCACAGGCUAGCGACAAAGGCACACCUCCACGUAACGCUCAUUGCAAAAUUUUGGUGGAGUUAAUUGAUGUAAAUGACAACUAUCCAGAAAUCUCGGUGACGUCACUGACAAGUCCAGUAAAAGAAGACUCUGCCAUUGGAACGGUUGUUGCCUUAGUCACUGUCGCGGAUAAAGAUGGCGGUAAAAACGGACUCGCAAAAUUAGACAUUACUGACUCUGUGCCAUUUUCAUUAAAAUCUUCAUACAAGAAUUAUUAUUCUCUGGAAGUGAAAGGGCAUCUAGAUAGGGAGAGUGUUUCUCGGUAUAACAUCACUAUCACAGCUACUGAUGAAGGGACCCCGCCUCUCUCUAGCACCAGUGUUAUUACUAUACAAAUUUCUGAUGUUAAUGAUAACGCCCCACGCUUUCCAGAGCCCGUCAUUAAUAUUUACGUCAGAGAGAACAGUCAGGUCGGAGCUGUUAUCUCUACUGUAUCUGCUUCUGACCCGGAUACUGGUGAUAAUGCAAAAAUAUCCUAUUCAAUACUAGAUAGCUCCUCCAGAAACUCUCCUGUUACAACGUUUGUGAAUAUAAACUCAGACAGUGGAGAAAUACACAGUCUCCAGGCAUUUAAUUAUGAGGAAAUGAAAACAUUUGAGUUUAAGGUUCAGGCCACAGACUCCGGCGUACCUCCAUUAAGUAGCAACGUUACUGUUAACGUUUUUAUCCUGGAUGAGAACGACAACAGUCCUGGGAUUCUUCCUCCAUAUUCUGAACACGGCUCUGUUAACACAGAGAGCAUUCCCUAUUCUGCGGACGUGGGCUACUUUGUGGCCAAGAUCAGAGCGGUAGAUGCAGACUCUGGUUAUAAUGCACUACUUUCUUAUCAUAUCUCGGAACCCAAAGGAAACAAUUUGUUCCGCAUCGGAACCAGCAGCGGCGAAAUCAGGACUAAGAGGCGAAUGAGUGACAAUGACCUAAAAACUCACCCUUUGGUGAUUUUGGUUUGCGAUAAUGGAGAGCCUUCACUGUCAGCGACUGUGUCUAUUGAUGUUGUGGUUGUUGAAAACACAGAUUCCAGCCAGACCCCAUUCAGACACGUGCCAAUACAGGAGGAGAGUUUUUCUGAUUUAAAUCUAUAUCUGCUGAUCUCCAUUGUGUCUGUGUCUGUGAUUUUUUUACUGAGCCUCAUAAGUCUGAUAGCUGUAAAAUGCCACCGGACCGAUGGCAGUUUUAGCAGGUACAGUGCCCCUAUGAUCCACACACACCCUGAAGGGAGCUGGUCUUACUCCAAAUCUACUCAACAGUAUGACGUGUGUUUUAACUCUGACACUCUGAAGAGUGAUGUUGUGGUUUUCCCUGCAUCAUUUCCGGCUGCAGAUGCGGAGUUGAUCAGUAUUAAUGGAGGGGAUACUUUUAACAGGAUGCACACACUCCCUAAUCAUGAGAAGCCUGAAAGCAACCCCGUCACGACUGUACCGAAACAGUUAUAUCCGCCAAAGCUGUGCAACGAUGACUUUCUGUUGGACUCUGCUUGA